GGGACCCGCUUUUUUCCUACAUCGAAAUCCUACAGUUCACGGGCUCGGAGUUGCAAAGCUUCCUAGACUUCCAGUGCCUCUACGACGGUGCGACCGUCCGCGGCGUCUUCGCCCUUGCCACGCCCCUCCUUCCCUUGCUGGUCCUGGUUGCAUGCAUCCAGCUGGCACUCCGCGCCUUGACGGUCCUCUUCGUAGGAGGCGCCUCCGGCGCGGUGAAGCUGUUGGGCUGCCAGCGCGCCGACGGCGAAGGCACCUGGAUACCAGACGACCUGGCCUUCCGUCCGCUUUUCCCGUGGCUCCGGUGCUCGAAGGAGACCGCCGCAGCCACCUGGGUGGGG